AUGUCAACGAAUUUGACAGUAUCCGUUGUACAGGUCGCGAUCAUCGCGCCCUCAACGCUUGCUUGGCUGGUUACCACAGUUCGAUUAAUUGACCGAAAGGUAUACCGACGACUAUGGUGGGAUGAGGCCUUUGCAGCGUUAUCUAUGAUAUCCUUGAUCUUGGUGUUUGCUGCAUAUUGGUCUCGUAAUGCGCCUGCGUUCCCCGAAUCGCGUUCUCUCCGUUUGGGAUUGUAUUUUGUCCUCGCGCUUGGGUUCCCCAGUGCGGUAUGGAUGGCACGAUAUUCCAUCCUCUUCACAGUAAUCCGGGUGGCACCGACUGAGAAUGCUCAGCGCUUACUAUUUGGCGUUGCCGCCGCGUUCGGAGUCUGUUAUGUGAUCCUCUUUGCCCAAGUCUUCUGGACAUGCUUGGCAAAUCCGGACGGUUGGAUGCAGGACGAUGUGAACACACAGUGCCCGCUGGGACGAGAAGUCGCCAUUGCACAAUUGAUCACCGAUAUAUUGAGCGACGUCACCCUCAUAUCGAUUCCCAUCUACUUGCUUCGACGCGCUUCUAUUCGCGAGGGCUCUCGGAUACGUUUGGUAGCGGUCUUCACAUCCUCCAUCUUCAUCUCUUUCGUGUCCUUGGUUCAUGCGGCUUUUAUUCUGGAAGACGAUCCUGUCAAGGAAGCACUACUCGCCUUCAUCGAAAUGUCCGUCUCUUUGCUUGUCUGCAAUAUUGCUGUUAUCGUAACGAUCGUCAUGCGUUACUUGAAACUGGCAUUAGAUCUGGACGACUAUAACCGACACGUCCCACGGCAGACGUUCACUACCUUCAACACAACUCGAUUGGGAGAACUCUUCCACUUCACCCGACUCAGAGAAGAGAUUGCUUUCCAAGAAAUGACGGUCGCGACUGCUGCUACCAAUGAUGCUACUGGGUCGAUCAGCCACAAGUCGGACGUGAUAUAUGCUGCAGGCACUUCUGCUCUUGAUCUCGAGGCUGCCAGCUCCGUCGCCUCUUAUCACGUCGUGAUUCUAUCCUCCGCACCAGCUGUGAUGAAUUUGGUAUCAAAGAAGUGGCAUAUCCAAAAGACGUGA